AUGCCUUCAUUUCAUCUAGAAAAGGUUUCUGCCGGAAUCGUCAUCGCCUGCACCACCGCAUCCAUCUGGUCGCUCCUGAUCUCCCUGAUACGACUGUUCCUACGCCUGAAGAUCAGUGGCCCUUUAGGAUGGGAUGAUGCUACAUGUGCAGCAGCAACUUUGUUUGGAGUCGCGGAAAGCUGUACAGCACUCUUAGCGGUUCACUAUGGCCUUGGAAUUCCUCAAAACGAAAUCGGCGAAUUCGAACCAUUGUACAAGCUUGUAUGGGUGGCCGGUCAACUCUAUGCCUUGUCCGUGGGAUUCUCCGUUCUUUCAAUCACCUGCUUCAUUGCACGCUUGACCAAGACCGACCAACAUCAGAGGAUCAUACACUCAAUCAUGAUCGCAAUUGGUGUCUGGAUGGUUAUCUCGGAGUUGUUGAUCGCACUUGGAUGUCCAACACCACGACCUUGGGAUAUCUCGGAUCGAAAAUGCUUGAACAAGUGGUAUAUCUGGCUUAGCCACACAGUGAUCUGCACGAUGUUCGAGAUUCUCAACAUCAAAGUUGCACUCUUGAUCGUCUGGAAUCUACAGAUGCCGUUCCGGCCGAAAGCCGUUGUCUUCUUAUCAUUCUCCCUACGGCUACUUGUGCUACCACCCGCUCUGGUUCGGCUUCAGUUUCUCGAAGUCGCUAUUGCAAAGACAGAUGUCGGUGCCUACCGGGCAAGAGCCAAUCUCCUGUCACAAAUCGUGAUGCAUUCUAGCAUCAUAUUGGCAACUAUUCCAUGCGCCAAGCCUUUCUUCGCGUUGUUUGAUGGUGGCGUGUACAGAACUCCUCGAGAUAUGAAGCCAGAGCCAGCAACAGAACCCGAAGCGGCUGGAACGGGUAUCGAGCAGAGGCAAGAGUUUGGCUUCUACUAUGAGAGCAGCCCGUGA